UCUCUCUCUCUCACACUUCCGGGAUGUUUUGCGCUCUGUGUGUUGAUUAGCUUAAAGCCCGCCUCUUCUCGUUUUUAAUUGGUCGAGCCCAAGUCGUUAACCUUCACUUGGUUGGCUAGGAGCGCUGCUAGUUUAGUGACGUCAUUUCCGCAGACGGCGUCUCCUAUUGGUCCGAACAGGGCGUGUGUUUUUCAAUGGGGGCGGAAAAAAUGGAGAGGCGAUACAGGCGAGUGUGAAGUGCAGACACCGAGCUGCGGGAGAGAUGAAGGCGCUGAUUUACGGGCUCCACGCCGCGGCUCUCGCGCUGCUGCUGACCGGGCUGCGCGAGCUGCUCUUCGGCUUCGAGGAGAACCGGUGCAGCAUGACCUACAUGUUCGAGUACCCCGAAUACCGACGCGUCCAGCUCCCGCGGCGUGUGGCACGUCAGUACCCUGCCUAUGGACUCUACCUGUACGGUGAAGGUCUGUACGCUCAAGAAACUCGAAAUCUCAAACUCAGUGGUGCUCCUGUGCUCUUCUUACCUGGAAACGCUGGCAGCUACAAGCAAGCUCGAUCUCUGGGGUCUGUGGCGUUGAGGAAAGCCGAGGGGUUGGAUGGAGGGAUCCACCUGAACGUCUUCACCAUCGAUUUUAACGAGGAGCUGGUGGCCCUGUACGGCGGAAGCCUGAUCCGGCAAACUCGCUUCCUCCAUGAGAGCAUCAAGGUCAUCCUACAGCUUUACAAGAACCAUCCAGAUCCUCCGAGCAGUGUGGUGUUGGUGGGUCACUCUAUGGGUGGUGUGAUCGCACGAGCUCUGUUCUCCCUCCCUCGCUUUAAUCCUCGCAUGGUCAGCCUCAUCCUCACCCAGGCCUCUCCUCACCAGGCGCCUGUUCUCUCCUUGGAUCCUUUCAUACUCGAUUUCUACUCGUCUGUCAGGCGGCGCUGGAGUGCCAGAGCAGAGGAUUUGCGUAACGUGACCGUGUUGUCUGUGGGCGGUGGAUACCGUGACUAUCAGGUUCGCUCAGGCCUGACCACCUUGACCUGCCCUGCGGAUGACCUGAACAAGAUGGCCGUCGUGGUGACUGCUGUUCCCAGGACAUGGGUGUCUACAGAUCACCUGUCCAUCGUGUGGUGUAAGGAGUUGGUGCUGGCCACAGUGCGGGCGUUCUUUGACCUCAUUGAGCCUGAAACAGGGCAGUUCACAAAGGACACUGAGAAGAGGAUGUCUGUACUGAAUCAUCACUUCAUUCGCCACCCAGUACGGCUCCCUGGCGAGCAAAUCAACACCCCUGUCAGCUUCUCAGGCACUCUGGAGGCCUGGAGUGAAGUGAACACGCUCCGUCUGUUCUACAGCGCUCCCAAGGAAGUUCGAGUUCAGUACUUCCUGUUUGCGCUUUCCAGCAGGAGGAAAGCCUACACGCACUUUUACUGCCGCAACAGCAACCUGGAAAUGUCCAACUGGCUCUUUGGCUGCACCCAGAUGAACGGCUCCAUGUGUCUACAAGCAGUGGAUUUGUCCCUCAGAACAGAACUUCUUCCAGCUUAUAAGGUCCUAACCGUGAAAUUGAGUGAGCUGUCUGCCGUAUCUCAUCUGAUCAUCGAUGCCUCAAACCCCAACGCACGACAGUUUAUAGUGGAGUGCGAGUGGCAGAGAGAGGAAAGCCUGACUGUCCCAGUGCCUGUCCCUCAUGUUCUCUCUUUCGGUUUGACAGUAAAUGAUGUCACCAUCAACUCAUCCGGGCUACUGCACACGCUGCAACUGCAACACUUUCACGAGGUUUAUCAGGCCUUUAAAAUCACAGUAAGCAGCCAGUGCAAGGUCACCAAAGAAAGACUGCCCAGUAUCUACAGAUUAAAGGUGCCGUGGUUUCGAGAAGAUUCCUUCGUCACUGCAGGCAUUCCCGCAGUCACAGAGAUUAGUGGCAUGCUGCACACCAGUCGCCAAGACAACACCUCAAGUGCCCUCUUACAGCUCCACACUGCCCCCAACUGCCACUACAAGAUCUCAGUGCGCGUCUCCUUCACUAAAGUGCUCGGACAGAUCCUGCGUUUCUGUGGACCUGCCUUGCCUGUGUACGUGGCUGUGGCGUUGCUGCUCGCUUUAAAGAGUCAGCUGUCUUGUGUCCUGCGAACGGGUCGAGCCGUGAACACGAGAGACACUGUAGCUAAAAGUUUACAGCUACAUAAACUAGAGCCUCCUGUCCUGCUGCUGCACCUGUUCCUCAGGCGAGGCUGGUUUCAGGAAGGCUGGUCUGCUCUAGGUCUCCCUGCAGUAGACCUCUUGCCUCUAACCCCUUUGGAAGACGUAUCCCAUGAUGUAGUGGGGCCUGGGAAGGACUGGCCCCGCCUUGUUUCACCGCUGCUGUGCAUUCUGGGUGCUGCAGUGGCAUUUUGGGGAAGUGCUGUUCUCAGCAUGUCUUUACGCGCCCUGUCUUUCCUCUUGGCUCCACUGCACAGGCCUUCAGUCUCUCGCCACUGUGGCACCCUUCAUCUUCCCACUCAGAUCCUCCUCAUCCUCAGUCUGACUGCGCUGGGCGGAGUCACCUGCGGAGCCCUGUCAGUCACCGCCGGCUUUCUGCUCCACCUCUACCGGGUUCUACGAUUACAGAUGACCGAGAGGUCUUUAAGUCACAUGCUGAACCUGGCACCACAAAGUAUGCAGAACACAGAGAAUGGCUGCAGCGCUAGUGAAGGCCAGAGGAAGCAUAACGAAUGUAAUGGCACCCCACUCCUAUGUGAGUCCUCACUACAGGAGGUCAGAGAUGACCUGCAGCUUCACCUGAACAUGUCUGCGCUGCUUACUCUGCCUGUGAUGCUCAGCGCACCCUCGCUCAUCUACUGGAGCCGAAACUUCAGAUAUUCGGCUCAUCUGGAUCCAGACCCAUUCUGGCCACACACACUGCCUCUGCUCAUCGCCUCUGUGCUACUCGUCAACUGCAAUACGCUCACUCUGAGCCAAAGUAAGCUGAUGCUGUGGCCGACUACGCGCCUGCUGCUUCCUCUCAGUGUAGCCAUGUUGACCUUUUCUACUCUUCAUCUGUAUCGGGUCACUCACUUCCUGUCUGCCGCUCUGACGCUACUGGCGGCUUCCUGUUACCUUUGACCUCGUCUCAACCCCCAGACCAGACCAAAACAGCCUUAGCAUGUCUUUGCAUUGGCGAUUCUCUCACAGUGAUUGCAGUGGAGUUAAAUCACGUGGUUGGUCAUGUGACAUGCUGCUGAACAGGGUAACUGAGUCCCAUACAGAGUCACGCUGUCUCUAUUUCUUAACAUUUUCUCUUUGGGUUUGUGCGUUCCAUAUACAUGGAAUCAGCUGACCAGCACUAGGCUCAGCCCGCUUAUUCUGCCUUUGUGUUUCUUUGCUUCUGGUUGUGUGCCUGUGUGUCUAGCCUUAAAUCAUUUUAGCAUCCAGUAUGUGAUUAUUUGUUUUGGGAGCUAGCGUGUCUUACCUAGCACAUCAUGCUAAACAGCACCAGUGAAGCACCUUCACCCACUUGGUGGCAGUGCGUUCUUUAUUAUCUGACAGUCUGAAAUGUGGAAUUAAGAGACGAGCACAACAGCCUUCCGAAGAUAAAAAAUCUCAAAGGACUAUUCUUUAGAUCAACAAAUCCUGCAGUGUUAUAAACCGCUUACAUCAUGCCUUUUCUUAAAUGGAAAAACAUUUUGGCAAAAAAUAAAUUUUCACAGUUUCUCCAAAUUUACCUCAGAUGUAGUUAGUAGAUCAGCCAGGACACGAUGGCCGAUGUUUUGCUCUGGAGCUAUGACCUGAAUGUGGCUGACAAGGAGUGAAAACCUGUUUUACCCAAAAUCUUUUUCAUAAAUGUCUGCAUCCAGUUCUUCAUUGCUAUUAUGCAAUCUCACAUGUAAUUUAUAAACACGAACAAAACUUCACCAUGUAGCUGAACACUGAGAUGUUAUGGAGACGGCCAUCUUGGAAAAACAGAAUCAGUUUCUUUCUAAGAACACUUGGUAUCAUUUUGCCCACCUGUACAGCUAAAGAUUCAAGAUUCAAAGAACUUUAUUAAUCCCAGGGGGAAAUUGCUUAAAGUGAUGCAUUGAGAAAAUUUAAUAACCUUACGUAAUGAUAUAUCCAGGUUUGUGGACAUAUUUCAGGAAAACUUUUCAGUUGAAACAUUUGGAGCCUUUUAACAUCAGUACAAAACUAAAGAAGCGAACGUCGGGAAACUUGACCAAUUGAUUUUGGGUAAAUGGAGAAACUAUGUUUAAAGAGAAAUCUUUAACAGGGAUCUUUAUAGCUUCCUCCACUUUUCACUGCUAGCUUUUCACUGUCAUAUUGCUAUUUCCACUGCAAUGUAGGAUUUUAAUUUUUUUUUUUAGGUUUGAAGAGUACACCUACAUGUACAGUAUUUAUUUAUAAGAAUAAAAGGCCCUUUAUUAUUUAGGGCAGGACUUUUGUCCAUUCCUGAAUGUGUCUAGGUGCCUGUGUUGAAGACACAUUAAAGCCAUCUUUAGAUGCUUUAGAGUGUGUACAAAGUGAAGUAAUUGUAGUAAACUUGUCAGUAGUGCUCGACAUUACUCUUUAGACAGAGUGGGCUGCCACUGCAGGAUCUCUGCUGUCACUGUGUGUUUAGAAUUAGCACACGCCAAAUCGUCCCAUUCACUCAUCCAAUCAGAUCAAUCAGAUUGAGAUCCAGUGCCUUUCUUCAUGUCCUGUUCACCAAUAAGGACAGAUCAAUGAUUGUCAAUCAGACCAGCAUUCAUGAUUUGCUUCAACACUCCAUUCUCUCAGAAAUAGGAAAUUUCUCUGUUACGUAGGACCAAGUUCCCCUUCUCUGAGGAACGACAUGCUGGUGUGUCGCCUGCACUGUGAAUGUAUCUACUCUGUGUGUGUGUGUGUGUGUGUGUGUGUGUGUGUGUGUGUAUACCUGGAUGCUAAUCAGUGUUGCUGUGUGCUUUCUUCUUUGAUGUGGUGAAAUCUAAAUGCAAGCAGGUUCCUUUUUUAGCGAAAAUUUUGCCUAGAAGUUUUGUAUAGAUGUGGAUGUUUGUGAUUUUUUUUUUUUUUUUAAAGUGGUGUACACUGUGACAUGCUGUGAUUGUGAUGUAUUUCUACACCAUCAGGUCUGACUAUGGCAUCACCAUUUUAUGUGGUGAAGAAUAAAAUGUACACAAUUUCAAGCAAAAAUGCAGUCAAUCAGCCGAGACAUUGAUUAAUCAAACCAGUGUUUGAUUAAUUAGUGUUGCAAUGGAGCUAAGACACUAAUGUAACUAAUAGAAUUCUGCCUCAAACCACAUCUAAGUCACACAAGCUUGUUGAUGUGGAUUAGGACACAGUGCAACUUCUAUAAAUAUGAACAAAACCUCACAGUGUAGCGAAACACUCAUAGUGGAUGGCCCUCUUAGGGAAAAAAACAGAGUCAUUUCUCUCCUGUAAGCCCCGCCUCCCAAACCUUGAAUGUGGAGGACGUUAUGGUAAAUGUGAUGUGGAUGAUAAUAUGGUCUUUAAACAUAAAUGUGUAAAUAUGGUCUUUCCCAACUAUAUUACAGAAGUGUUUAUUAAAGUUGAGAUUACGUAGCUUAACAAUGCUAUUUGAGAACCAUGCAUACAAAGUAUUAAAGAUUUCCAGAUUGAUUAUUCCAUUAGCUCUGGUGUAAAACUAAAGGAGUAAACAUCAGACACCAAACAUGUCUCGGCUGAUUGACUGCAGUCUGAGUAUAGAAGAAAUUCUGCAAAUUCAAACUAUUCCUUUAAUAAUUUGUUGCCAUGUGCUCACUAAAAUAAGCUGUUUUGUGUGGAAACAGGUCCUGCUCUUGCAUAUUGUAGGAAUCUAGAGGAAAUGUGUGUAGUUGUGCUCCUGCAGCUCGACCACUAUUUCGUCCCCAAUGUAAAAAGGAACGGUUCAUAAUUAAACAUCUAGCAAGAUCUGUUCUGUCCCCAAAUGUCAUUGGUAGGGACUCGGGUUCUUUACAAAUAUUGGUAUUUUAGUGUAAUAGUCGAAUUUGGUAACUACUAAAGUAGGCUAGAGUUUGGUCUAAUACACAACCAACAACACAUUUCCUGGAGUGAGCCUUCCCUUUUACACCAGUGUAGCUUUAACUCUUAACAUUACAAACAGAUAAAGCAAUAUGUCAGGUAGGAAGCGGUUGGAAUUAAAGCUGCAAGCUUCCUGGUCUGAAACAGAUGAAGGAAGUUGAAGUAAUUAGUGUGCAUAGAGAAUAGUUUGAUUUAUUACUGACUCGACUCGCAGCUCACUGCCUCAUGAACCAAAAUACUGUUGUGGCAUACCAAAAUUAGAUUAGAGUGGACAAAGCCUGCCAUGUGGACGACUUCAUAUAACUGUAUUAACCUGAAUGUAUGUGGGGGGUUUUUUCCAUAAAAUUUGGCUGGUUAGGUCGUGGUUAUAGUGUUCAUUUAUAAUAAUCUGAUGGGUUUUUUGUCAUUGUUGGUUUCUCAGUUAUACUUUCCUUACACCACUUUUUCAUUUUUUUAAUAAGUUUGGUAAUGUCUAUUGAACUAAGGUAUUGAAUCGAUCACCCCAUGUACCUUGUUUAAGCUUUGUGUUUACAGGACAGUAGUAAUGUAUUAUUCUCAUGAACAAAUUAGACACAGAACAUGUACAGAUUGAAAGCUUGAGUUGCUUUUCUUGAUGGAAUAAUAUUUUGUGCUAACAGACAGUGAAAAGGCCUUUUCCUUGUGCCGCUCUGUGCUAAAGCAGUAUCUGUACAUAAGUACACAAUACUCUCCAUGUCUAAAAGCUAACUAGUGCUUUAUUAUUAUUUUGGUCCACAAACGAAACACUCUUUAAGCUACAGCACUUGUGGUUAUUGUUGUCUUAAUGCAGUGACUAAACCUUUAAUUAUUUGUUGUUAGCCAAGAACACUUAAUGAAUUGUUAUUUGAUGUGAUAUCGUAAAUGCUGCCAAUGACAGAAUAAUAAUUAAACAUGAUUGUUCUUUUUCAAAAGGUUUCUUGUAAAGGAUUUAUUGCUAUUUAGUGCCGGGCAGUUUAAGGGAGCGUUGUCUAUCAUUUGUUUUAGUACUGAUUUCUUGAAUCUAAUAGAGCGUGUCUGAUCAAACAAUGUAAAUGUUCAAAAUGUAGAGACUUUAUAUAGUCGUGUAAUUAAUCAAGUGCAAGGCUACUGCUGAUUGUUGCCAAGGUCGAGUGACCAAGCGAACUUUGUUCAUUCUCAGGAUUUAAAAUGUUGUGUUGUGGAGCUGUGUGGUGGCUUUUAUUUUAUUGUAUGUG